AAUCAAUUCAAGGCCCGGAAAGAGAGAAGCAGCACGGAUCAACGUUUUUCAAGGUUUGGUUUCGUCCCCGCAGUUUAGCUUUCCAACCCACUCGCACGGGUCGCCUAGCUUGGAAUGACUCCACACCUCUGCGCGACCCUUAUGGCGGAACUUGCCAUGUAGCUCAACGUCGCACUCUCCAAUCCGCCAACGGAGCAUUUGGUGACAGUACUUUGAUUAGAAACCAGCACAGCCAUAUCGACAAUUCACAAUCCCUUGACAAUGGCUUCCAAGAAGGACAUGCGUCGCUCGGACCUGAUCGUCCCCUAUCAGGAACCCCCAACCAACAAAGGCGAGAACGUCGAGUUCUCCUCGACCCUCUCCUCAACGCUUCCCAUGGCCGCAAUCUUCACGCGCAACCGGUACAUCGGCUGGGCCUCGGUAGUCUUCAGCGUGCAGAACUGGCUGGGCGAGAGCGAGGAGACGACCAAGACGACCAGCACCCCGGGCUAUUUCACCAUCGGCAUGUCGCUCAUGGCCCUUGCUGUCACGUACCUGCCCAUGUUCAUGCCCCCUCCCCCGAACGCUCGCGGAACCGGUACCGAAGCUCCUGCCCCGGCAGCCGCGUAAGCACAUCAAGCGGACGAGCACAUUAAAUGAAUGAUGGCUCUAGUUCUAGACCACACUUCGUAGAGUGUGUAUUACGCGGAGGCUAUAUGGAGAUGUCGGACAACUACAGGAUCAUGAGGCAGAGGAAUCGGGUUUUGAUUGGGAGCCACUCAACACCUACUAGAGGUCAGCUAAGAGUUGGAUGUUUUAUAAGAUGGGUAAACGAGUAAUACUGCGCUUAGCGAUAAUCAUAUUUAGUGAGGUCGAGUUUUGAUACCACAUUGUAGGACUACGGGGGAAAAGGCCGCAGAACGAAGUCAGGAGACGUUUCGUCCUUUCACAUCGCGAAAACUCUUGUGCAUAAUCAGCUUCCAGGUUUACAUUUGUCGGUUCUGAUAACGGCGGUAUAUAUGGUGAUGGCAGUU